AUGCCAUGCACUUGGUCAAGCUCCGGUAAACCCAAUCCAGGCCCGCAGUCUUUGGCUACUGCUGUGCGUCAUGGCAUCCUUUACACUGCUGUCGCAUGCGGUUCCAAGCUUCUACUCUAUCGUCAUACAAUCCAACUCGUGCAGCUGAUUGAUACUCAGCGGUACAUCGACCGCCUUGCAUUCGAUAGGCGAACAGGUUGUAUUGCCAUUGCGAAUGGUGCGGCGUUACAACUCUAUCACGAGCGUUAUGCAUCCUUUGAGGAAACCAUCAGCUGGGACUUGAGCCAUACUGCUUCCUUGGACGGUGGCCCCAUCACUUCCCUUUCCUGGGGUCAAGGACGCGAACUGCUCGUUGGCAAUAGCACCUUGAGUCUACACAUCCCUUCCUCACAAACCAGCGGCAUCGAUCGAAUCUGGCGCUUCCCACUCUCUGACGCAUGCAGCAGUGCACUCUUCAGUCCCGAUGCAAGUCUGAUUGCUAGUUUUCAACAAGCAGACAGAGCCAUUAAAGUCUGGCGACGCCUACCAGAUCGUACACUACAAGGCGGUGCGCGACAAGCAGACUUUGAUUUCUUAUACUUACCGCAUCCACGACCCCUUACCGCUAUGAAAUGGCGACAACCGUUUCGAGAAGAUGUCACAGUGGAUAAUAUCUUGUAUACCUGCUGUAUGGAUGGGUUUCUACGGAUUUGGGCGAGUGAUGUACCGCAUGACUCGCAUUUACUGACACUACACGAGACGAUUGAUUUGCGUGAGGGAACAAGCUUGCAGGUUCCUGUGGUGCUGGAUGAUGAUGUCUUUUCCUGGGCAGCCCAUAAGGCCAGUCGGCGAAGUAAACAAGCUCAGAAGCUCUUGGCAGAGAUCAAUCAAGGUGCACCGGAACUUGUUCUGCUGUUAUCGUUAAGGGGUUGCCUGGAUGUCUAUGGGUGUUAUCAUCUUGGCUCACGCACGCAUAAGCCUUCUUCCCAAAGACUCGUCUACUCUUCGGAUACGAAGGUCAUUGAUUCGCCUCCAUUGCAGUGGAUGACGGCGGAUAUCUGCAGGGAGGGUGAGGAUGAUUUACUAUUUUAUGGCGCUUCAGACGAGAACGUCACUGCAUACAGCGUGAAGCUGGACCAGUUACUCCAAGCAGGCGCUCUACAACCAAUUGGCGUAUAUGGAGGCCAUACAACUGUCAUCACGAGCUUGCAACAAACGCCUAUCGGAUUUUGUUCUACGGCAGAGUCACAGCUUUAUUGGAAGCUCGACAGCGGUCUGUAUUGCGAUUAUUCGCAAAACGAGGCCACCGCCGACCAACCCCUGCCUGACUAUCUAGGACCUGUCAAAGUCUUUAGUCAAAAUGGCGAAUAUACAGCCAUGGCGUCUCCUACAUCCUCAUCAGUGCUACAGAUCUAUCACACCGAUGAAUCACUUUACACCGUUUCUCAGCUUCCAGAGUAUACUGUGCGGCUUCCUGGUUUUAUCCAACAGCUAUGUUGGUCGUCCCUUGCAGACGACGGAUGCAUGGUUCUUGGAAUUUGCAUUCAGACCACAACAUCUCACCAGCUGCUUGUAUACAAACCGGAUCAUGCCACCACUUGGCAACGCUCUUGGCAUAAGGACAUGUCGGACUUGACGAAAGAUGCCGUCACUGCGCUGUGCUGGACACGGAAUACCGAGGAACUAUCGCUUGUGGCUGCUGCUGGUAGUCAGCUCUUUCUUUUCGAUCAACCGGGUCUCAAGCAACAAGCGAAGCAAGGCUCAAUUGAGCAAUUGGCAGUGUAUCAUCCUAUUAUGAUUGAGCAAUUGAUUCUAAGGAGUGGACGUUCUCGGUCGGCGAGUGCCAUUCUUGGCAUGCUAUACGAGCAACUCAUCGCAUCGCAGACGGUGGAGCCGAUGCUAGGUUUGGACAGUUAUGCAGCAAUCGAUGCUUUGGAAGCAACACAACUCUUGGAUGCAGCGAAGGUUGAUUCUCUUUGUUCGUUAUUGUCAGAGCAGAUACUCGAAAUACCCGGUUUGUCUUCCGCUGAGCGCAAUACACUGUCAAUCUGGGCACAGGUCGUUGUUCAACUGCAAGCAAAAGAAGCGAUCCUCGACGAAAUGGGCAUCCGCUUCGCAUCCAGCUUUCUGUACCACACAUUGACAGAGACGACAGGAUACUUGACCAGUACCGCAUCGCUGUACGCUUACCUCUCACAAUCUCAAGAUGCACUGGUUGAUUUGAUAACAGGCGAUGCAGGCGGCUUGACGUGGCAGCAAGCAGAUCGCAGCGGCUGCGUCUCUUGGAUCCGUGAUGCAACACUGUUGACUCGCAUCGGUGAUGUUGUUGCUCGGAAUGAGUAUCUCGCUGGUGACACGAUCACGUCAGAGACUCCACGAAAGGAACGAGACCCUGUUGCUGCAAGUCUAUGGAUGCAUGCUCUCCAUCAACGGACGCAACUCGUUUCACUAUGGCGCAUCUCGCAACAUCUGAAGGAAAGUGGACCGACGAUGCGUCUGUUGCAGAAUGACUUUAUGAAUGCGCGAUGGCGGACAUCAGCGAGUAAGAAUGCGUUUGCAUUAUUGGGGAAACAACGAGAUGUGUAUGCAGCAGCGUGGUUCUUACUUGCUGGGAAACCAGAUGAUGCGCGGCGUGUGCUUGUCAAGUAUUGUAAGCGAUGCGAACACGAAUAUCCCUGGCGAUUGGCCUUGGCUGUGUUGCGAUUAUUCGAUGCUACUACCAUUGAACCCGGUGCGCAUGCAGCGUUGCAGCAAUGCUUUCAAGAGGAUGUACAGCCGGAUGGGCAGCAACGUGGGGACUUGUUCUUGCUGGUCCAAGUCCAGCUCAUGUUGGGCAAUGAGAGGGAAGCCAUGUCGUUGCUGCUGGGAGAAGGGGAUCUUCGAGAGUUGGCUGGACCUGAAGCUGUUGCCGGUGAUGCCGUGGCUCGCUAUACCCUCUUCGCGGCCUUGAGAGCGAGAUUGCACCAAGCGGAUAUUGCUAGCAAGGAGAAGCAGCUCAAGCAAUUGGCAUGCAGGCAGCUCAAACGAAAAGGCUGUUCUCUGCUAGCAGAUGCCUUGGAAAAGACAGAGCUGCAGGUGUUGGAUGCACCCAAACUCAAUGGCAUUGUCAAAGAACCGCUCAAGGAUGAUAAGCGCACGCUCGAGUCAUUCCUGGAAGCGCAAAAGGGGAAGCUCUCUGAGGCACCCAAAGCUGUCUUUGAAGAACCCACGAUGGAUUCCUUUGCGGCAUUUGACUUUUAG